AUGAACUUCGGCGCAGGGCCAUCCAACUCACAGGCGUCUAUCUUUGGCACGCAUGGCGGCUCGCAGAGUACACAGUUUGGGGAUCUAUCUCAGCUUCCUGGCGCAAGUCCUUUCGGAAGCAGCCAGACGUUGACCGAGGCUGGCGCACAGAUGGACCAAAACAGUCCUGAACUGCUGAAGGAGAAUAUGAAGCUUGUACAGACGCACGUUGAGCAUGUACGGUCGCUUGCUCUGGCGACACAGCAUGGAAUUGAGAAAGCGUACUCGGAGGACAUGAACCCCGUACAGACUGCAGAGUCGCUACAGAAUCUGCGACAGGCUAUAUCAUCUCUGCAAGACCUCCUCAUCUCUUCGGGAGUGGGCGCUCUACCUAUACUGCCCGAAGGUGCACCUACGCCCACCGAGGUCCAGCUCCUGGAUAUGACGACGAAAACACACAACCAAGUUUGGUCAGCACGAUCCCGCGCACAAGACGCAUCGGCUGUCGUAGCGAAUAUCCUGUCUAUGCCAGAUCGGUCCCAUCGCUGA